CAAACUAUUCUGACAUUAGGUAUAUGAUUUUUGUUUCAAUAGUGUCAAGAAUUUUGAUAGAAAUGGAUGGCGUCCACCAAAAUUCAUCAACACAUAGGACAGGCAAUAAUAAGCAUGUGGAAGGGGCUCGUAUAUAUACCAAAGUUUUGAGACAAAAGAAAUAUUAGGUCUCAAAACAGGCAAACUAUUAUAAAGCUUCGGUCCUAGGUAUUGGAAUAAUCUCUGUAUUGGCAUUGACAUGAGGCUUUGUUGGUGCUGCUUCAUGAUGAUCUGGAUGAAGCAUUGUUGUGGAAUAUCAUGCACUGCAAUUUCG